AUGGAUAGUUUUUCUCGAACAAUUGUCUACCUGAAAUGUUCAAAUGACAAUAAAUCUGAGACAGUGCUAGAUCUUUUCCAAGAGGCUAUUUCAAAGUAUUGUCUACCCUCAAGGGUACGAAAGGACAAGGGUGGGGAAAAUGUUGGUCUGUCACUGUUCAUGUUUUCCCACCCUGAGCGAGGUCCCAGCAGAAGCAGCAUGAUAGCAGGGCAGAGUGUGCACAACCAAAGGAUAGAGAGACUUUGGAGGGACAUGUAUAAUCAAGUAACAUAUCUAUUUUACAACCUUUUCUACCAUCUGGAAGUUUGUGAGGUGCUUAGUCCAGACAUUGAGAUCCAUAUCUUCUGUCUUCAUUUCAUUUUUAUACCACGGUGCAAUGCUGCACUCCAGAAUUUUUCGCAUAAAUCAGCUUGGAACCACCAUGGCGUCUCAUCAAGUGGAAGCCACACCCCACUUCAGUUGUGGAUGCUAGGAAUAAAUAGUGUGGCUCAUUCCAACCUAACUGUCGCCCAGAAACUGUUUUCAGAGAUUGAGGCUUAUGAAAUUGACUGGAAUGGGCCCUUACCGUGCAACCAGUGGGAUGGUGCUAAAAUGGAAGGCGGGGAAGUUCCACCAGUUAAUUGCUCAUUGAAUGAAGUAGACUAUGAACAGCUGAAAGUUUCGAAAAAUCCCAUGGAUGCCAGUGAUAGACAUGGUAUUGAUCUAUACAUAAAAAUUUUGUCUUUUGUUCAGGACUGUUUGGAAAAUGAACAGCAACCCAAUGUUUGCAGAGUAGUUCGAGUUCCUGGGGGCAGGUACUGGCAUUUGGAAGGGGUCCACUUUCAGGCUGAACAGUUUCCCAGUGCAGAAGAUUAA